AGAGCAGCCACGAAGAAGAAAGUGAGGCGCGGAAAUGCAUGUGGGAGAAUACUGAAGUCUGAAUUAAACCCGUUGGUUGUUUUUGGAAAGCUUGGAAUCUUUAUUAUCCCGGUGUUGAUGGCCUCACCACAGAUGGAUCGUAACCCGUCACCUCCUCCACAUAGAGAUGGAGAGACUGGGGAAGACGAUGAUGCCAUUGGAGGGACCGUGUAUAGCAAGCAUUGGCUGUUUAGCACAUUAACUCGCCUUAUACAGAUGGUGACAAAACAGGAUCUUGACCAGACCGAAAGUCUGACAGACCUGUCUGAUGAGCUUGAGGAGGAGCUGUGUAAAGUCUGGGAUAUGGCCAUGGAUGAGGAUGUAGCUGGUUUUCUACAGGAGUUUAAAACUCCAGAUAUCCUGUUGGGGGUAAUUGCCAAGUCACAUAAUCCACGCCUUACUGAAAUCUGUGUAGGAAUUCUGGGAAAUAUGGCCUGUUUCACUGAUACAUGUUUGCUGAUCAGCCAGAAUGAUGGACUAGGUGAUGUGCUACUGUUACUGCUGGGUGACAGUGAUCCUCCCACACUGUUAGAGACAUGCAGGCUUCUUCUGACAUGUGUUUCUCAACCAAAUGUUGCUCCCUUGUGGCUACAGAGGAUACAGCAGCAGACAGCCACAUGCGCCAACCUUUGCUUUAUAAUGAGCAGCUCGACUAAUGUGGAAUUAUUAAUAAAGGUAGGAGAACUGGUUGAUAAGCUGUUUGAUGAGGAUGAGGAGCUGAUGAAGAGCUGGCUGUCUACGACACCUAGUGAGGGUGACCAGGACAAGGACUUGCACCAUGAUGUCGCUUCUGCGUUACUGGAGGCUGCUGUACAGCUUAGGAAGGAGAGUCCAAAGGCACUUGAAGCAUAUCUACAUGCUCUUCAGCUCUUAACCACAGUGGAUGAAGGCCUGCAGAAUCUCAUUUCAGAUGGAGGGUGUGGUGUCUCUGUAUGGAAGGUGGUGUGUGAAGUGGUGUGUGAGGAUCUGUGUCAGCCCGACGACCCUCCUCUUAUCCUGCAGGAGCAGAAGGCACUCCUGGCCCCUGCUCUCGCUUUGCUGUUUGCCUUAUACACCAACCUUCGGACAGACAUCAGUUCAGCGUUGGUGGCUAGUCUUCUUCGUAUCCUGUCCUUUCACAGUGAAAACCAGCAAGAGAGGUAUAAGGAGUCAGGUGAAGGACCAGCAGGUGAAACGACUGACGAUGGAAAAGAUGCACAGCUGCAGGUGUUGGUUGAGAUAGUAGUGGAGUUGCUUUCUACUCUGCUCAGCGAUCUGCCUAUGGAGGUUGUGCCAGAGUUGCUAAAAAUAGAUCAUCUUACAGAGAAGAUCUGGGUAUCGGCAUUCAGGACACUUUUGGCACAGCACAACAAAUCUGUGCUGUGCUUCAUUAACACACUGACCAAGGUGGAGCCCAAGCUAGCAGACGUCAUAAAGAAGGAGUGCUCCAUCACAUCAGAAUCAAAUUAACCUAAACCACGAACCACAUAA